UGCGACCUGUCAGUGCUCAUCAGUGCCACGUGCCAGUGCCCAUCAGUGCCACAUCAAUGCCAUAUAUCACUGCCUUUCAAUGUCACCCAUCAGUGCUGCCAAUCAGUGCUGCCAAUCAGUGCUGCCAAUCAGUGUCGCCUAUCAGUGCCGCCUAUCAGUGCCAGUCAGUGCCGCCUAUCAGUGCCAGUCAGUGCUGCCUAUCAGUGCCAGUCAGUGCUGCCUAUCAGUGCCGCCUAUCAGUGUCAUGUAUCAGUGUCAUGUAUCAGUGCUGCCUUUCAGUGCCCAUCAGUGAUGCCUGUCAAUGCCCAUCAGUGCAACCUACCAGUGCCUCCUCAUCAGUGCCACCUAUCAGUCUCCAACAAUGCAGCGUUUCAGUGCCCAUCACUGCAGCC